GAAACGCAUUGUCUAGGAAAUUGAAGACAGCAAUCUCCUUCAUUGCUAUUGAUGAAGUACAUCUGAUCGAAGAGUGGGGUCUACAUUUAGACCUUCUUACAAGGAACUAAGUUUUAUUCGUUCUUGCCUGCCUACUGUCCCAAUUAUGGCUCUCUCAGCAACAGCUCCACUUUUUCUUAUUACUUCUGUAACCCAACAUCUGAAUAUGCCUAUGUUCUAGUAUCUGGAUCUCUAAAUCGUCCAAACUUAUAUUUUUCUUUGGAUUCAUCCACCUCUAUUUCGUCAGUCUUCCACUUGUUAGCUUCUAUGUUGUCCUCUGUAAAGUAUUCUAAAGCUGCAGUAGUAUAACCAGGGGUACAGUAGGACAAUACCAUGCCACAAUGACACUUGAGGGGCGAUCUCAACACUAUGGAGAAUUCAAGUGUGGCAAGCAGCGAUUCAUGGUAGCUACUAGUGCGUUUGGCCUUGGUGUGGACAUUGAUGACAUCAGUGAAGUUAUUCUAUUCGGUUUGCCAGACAGUGGAUCUGAGCUUGUGCAACUUGCUGGACGUGGAGGGAGAGAUCCACUAAGGUUGUGCCUUGUUCGGUUUGUGGCACACUCUCAGGACCGUAGGCUGUCAGUGUGCAACAGCAAAAUUGUGACUCUUGCCUCAAAUAAGGUCUGUUUGAGAAGAGUUCUUGUUUACAAGAUUUUGCAGUCAGAUGAGCCAUUACCUGAUAGUGAUUUGUGCUGUUCGUUCUGCAAUGCAUCUGAUGAGCGACCUCAUAUUUUUCAGCCAGAUGUGGAUUGCACCUUACCACUUCCUCCUAUUCCAUGCAGAUCUGCACCGUUGAGAUCACAUCGUGUUGUUGGUGGUCAGAGAGCUGCUUUGAGGAAAGCACUACUUGAACUUAGAAGGACGGCAGGUGGCACAAGAUACAGAAUGAGAGGACUAGAUGGGGUCUUAUCCAUGUUAGUGAUUGAUAAACUAGUAAAAAUGUAA